CGGGUGCCGACGCGCUUACAGCAGCAGUUGGGGGCUUCUGCCGACCGGAGCGCCAUGUCUUUCCGCGACCUCCGCAAUUUCACGGAGAUGAUGAGAGCCUUAGGAUAUCCGCGGCACAUUUCCAUGGAGAAUUUCCGCACACCCAACUUUGGACUUGUAUCUGAAGUGCUCAUCUGGUUGGUGAAAAGGUACGAACCGCAAACAGACAUCCCUUCUGAUAUCGAAACGGAACAAGACCGUGUUUUCUUCAUCAAGGCGAUUGCCCAGUUCAUGGCCACCAAAGCCCAUAUAAAACUCAACACUAAGAAGCUCUAUCAAGCGGAUGGGUACGCGGUUAAAGAGCUUCUAAAGAUCACAUCUGUGCUGUACAACGCGAUGAAGACCAAAGGGAUGGAGAGCUCGAGAAUAGGCGAGGAAGACGUCAGCAAGUUCAAGUUUGAUCUUGGCUCAAAGAUUGCAGAUCUGAAAGCAGCCAGACAGCUUGCUUCUGAGAUCACCUCCAAAGGUGCCUCCCUGUACGACCUGCUGGGCAAAGAGGUGGAGUUGCGGGAACUGAGAACCGAGGCAAUCGCCAGACCUCUGGAAAUAAACGAGACUGAGAAAGUGAUGAGGAUCGCAAUAAAGGACAUUCUGGUGCAGGUGCAGAAGACCAAAGACUUGCUCAAUAACGUGGCCUCUGAUGAAGCAAAUUUAGAAGCCAAAAUUGAAAAGCGAAAACUGGAACUUGAGAGAAAUCGAAAGCGGCUGCAGACUCUGCAGAGCGUCAGGCCCGCCUUUAUGGACGAAUACGAGAAGAUUGAGGAAGAGCUGCAGAAGCAGUACGACGUCUAUCUGGAGAAAUUCCGCAACCUGACCUACCUGGAGCAGCAGCUCGAGGACCAUCACAGGAUGGAACAAGAGAAGUUUGAGGAAGCGGAGAACACCCUGCGUCUGAUGCAGAGCAAGCUGAAGGAGGAGGAAAAGCGGCUGCUCAAGAGUGGAAGUAACGACGACUCCGACAUUGACAUCCAGGAGGACGAGGACUCGGACAGCGAGUUGGAAGAGAGGCACCUGUCCAAGCCGCGCACAGCCAUGGAGGUGCUCAUGCAAGGGAGACCCAACAAGCGCAUCGUGGGCACAAUGCAAGGCGGAGACUCAGAUGAUGAUACGGAAGCAGCAGCGGCUCACGUAGGUACAAGCAAGACCUCCAACACCAAGAAGCAGGAGGACUCGGAAGACAGUGAAAUUGACUUGGAAGACAACGACGAGGAAGAUGACGACGACGACCUGGAAGAGGAGAGCAUUGCUCUGUCCCCAGCGAAGCCCAUUCGGAGGGUCCGAAAACCCGAGCCCCUGGAUGAGAGUGACAAUGACUUCUGACCCUCCUGCCCGGGGACCCAGACAGAUUCUUCCAUGGAAUUUUUUGAGCAAAGCAGUCAUCGUAGCCAGGCACCAUCCAGUUCUUCCCGUCUCCUGGCACAAGAAGUAGUAGUUCUUGGAGGAAACCAGCCACACGUUCCGCACCCCCCUCCUGUUCCUGCCUCUUCUUCCUGUCGGUCCCGGAGGAGAGAGAGCAGCUGGGCCUUGGCUGGCCAUCUUUAAGACUCGUCACCACAGAAAGAACCAGGAGAGAGGCACCCAACAUAUUGGUAGGCCAGUUAAAACUGAGAUGAAGUUACUUAUACUUUCAAGUAACAUUUAUUGUCUAAUAUAAACAUGGUAUUAAAUGUACUUCUUGAAAUUAC